CUCUCGGGUCAGAGUCUUGUCUGCUUUCGUGCGGUUAGGACGCGUUUUAUAGAAUUAUACGGUACUAAGCUCGCGCUUACGUUAUGCUCGGCAAUAGAUUCGUGGCGGCCGUCUUGGUGGUCAGCUGCAGCCUAGCUCAGGCCUAUCCAGCGCUCUUGCCAUAUAUCUACACUCCUUCGAAGCGCGGCGAUGCAGCCUUUCCGCUGAUCGAGGACGAUGUGGUCGAGCUGGAUCAGCUGCGGCAGGAGCCUCAGCCUGUCGUGGGCAAGCGGCAGCAUGAUGGCAGCACGGUGCGCACAACAACCACCACAAAGGAGAGCAUUGAGAAGGUGAUUGCCCCUCCGGAGGCGGGCAGCAAGGAUCAUAGCUUGCAUCUGAUGCCCGACCUGGAGCGACAACUGGAGGUGGCCACGCCGUUGAUGUCAAUGUCGACCACAACCACCACAAGCACAUCGGCCACCACGACUACGGCGGCCUUCAAGGAUGACGGCGAGCGUUCACAGCUAGAGGAGCCGAAAACGGCUGGAAAGCCAGCGACCGAGCCGGGCGCACAUGCCAAGUGUAUAUCCACGAAACCACCCAAAAAUCAACAGGCUUUCUACGGUGCAGCGCGUCUAGCGUUUGGCCAAAAUCCCGAGGUGUUGCCCACAUCUCCCACGUCCACAACAACGUCCACGUCUACGUCUACGUCCACGUCCACGCCCACUUCCACUUCCACUUCGACAAGCACAAGCCCAACAACAACAACUGCAACGCCAGCUUUCGGAGCAGAAGCGGCAUCAGUCGAACGCGAUGCCCAACCUGUCGAGGAUUUGGCUGGCGAGCCAGCCGAGAAUGCCGCAGAGACAGAGGCAACAGCGGCCACGGCUGAUAAAUUGCCUGGGUCUCAGCAUAAUCACGAUGUCAACAAGGAGACCAUUGGCGACAUAUUGAUCGAUCAGCUAGAGACGGUGGCCAAGACCACCGAACGGCGCUCCGGCAUGCCCCAUAUGACGGCCAAGACCGCUCAGAGUCUGUUGCGCAAUCCGAAUGGCCAAUACUCCUCCUUCGAUAUGGCCCAAUAUGUCUUCUGGACUGGCGAUGAGACGGGCGUUGCCAGGGCAGUCGAGGAAUUUAUCAAUGAGAAUUUGAUUACCAGGGAGAGCGCUCUGAAGUUUUUGCGUGAUAUACGUCUGGGAAUUGAGUUCUUGCAGCGCUCCUAUGCCAAUCGCAUUUUUCCCGAGGAGCUGCGUCAGAAUCAUUUGAAGCGCAAUAGCUUGCCCAGCAGUACAACCACAUCGACCACAACAACCACAACUAGCACGACCACGGAGAAGCCAUUCGUUCACCUGGACAUCGAUUCGGAGGGGGUAACACCUGAGAUAGGCCGAGGCAAAUCGCUGGACAGCUUCACCUUCUGGAGCAAGCUCAAGGCGCUUGAGAAUGAGAGUCCUCAAGAUCUUACGGAUUAUGAUGAUACCAUGGGUCGCGCCAAAAUCGUUGAGUAUUUGUACAAUGAGUACAGCUUAGAAGAAAUACUGUAUAAAUUAGCCAAGGUAAUGUUUGCCCAGUCCCUGGCACAUGGUUCCGAUGAGGCUCAACAGGAGUUGCAGAAGCUAACCGAGUUCCUGGAGCGUGAAGGCAAUCUGGGUGUUAUUCCUGUUGAUUUGCAAAAGAAAGUUUUACGUGUGCUGCUCACCGCAUUGUCGGACACUCUGACCGAACAUCCGGAGCUAUUGCCAGCUGCGCGUGUUAACUUGGCCAAUCCAUUUUUCAGGCUUCCAAUGCAUACUCCCAGCCAAUAGAGCGUUUCGAUCGGAGUUUGUAAGCGUUAUCAGAAAGUAUAUACAUAUAUAUACACUAAUAAUCUAUAUUAAAUAUUAACUAAGUUAUUAGCAGAUACACUGAACAGAUCCAUAUACUUAUUCUGUUCCAAUUUGUUUAGCAUAGACAGAAAUGCGCUCUCUCGGAAUUGGUCAAAAAUCUAAAUUUCUAUAAAAAUGAAAAAACACAAUUUAAUUUCGCUCUUAUCAAUUGUAAAAUAGCAAAAAACUCUCGUGAUAUUUUUGGCAGGUUAGAAAGUGCGAGAUAAAGCAAGAUUUUUAUAUUCAAAAUACUUAUAUGCAAAAUGUUUGAAAGCAAGGAAAGAAACGGAGCAUGUGAAAAUCAAGCAAACAAAAGAGAGACUUGCGCUAUUUGAAGCUAUAUAAAAAUCGAAUAUAUAUAAAUAUAUAUGUAUAUGUAUUUGUAGAAUAUUGGUAUGCUUGCUUAUAUUUGAUAUGAGUUAGUUGGCAACACUUAAGAGGUUGAAGUUGAUGAUAAUAUUCUUUGUUAGUUGAGGCAUCGUUUUUUGCUCCCCCUUAAAUACUUAAAAUGAAGCAGGAAAGGGCUUUAAGUCCGCAUAUAUCAGUAGCAAAUAGAACUGCUUAUAUACAUACCCAUAUAUAUAUAUAUACUUUUUUGUUCCCUAUCGUAAGUCCCCAGAUAUAUAUGUACCCUAUCGAAGAAAUACAUAGCUAACAAGUUGCUUAUUGAUUGAGAA